UAAGCACUUCUUAUGUGUUCAGGACUCCGGGACUAUUCAUAUUUUUUCCUUUCUAAGAUGAGUUAUUUUCGAGUUUUCCUCUCCUCUUUCUCCUGACCUUGUGAUGUGAGCAAUUUGGGUUGAUUUGGUGAACCAUGCAUCAUCUUCUCUACGCCCAUGUCUUCUUGUGCUGCUUCAGUGUGGCCCAUUCCUUUUGUCCAUCCCAGUGCACUUGUGUUUACCACGGACGGAGUGAUGGAACGGGGACCAGAUCGGUGAUAUGCAAUGACCCAGACAUGUCCGACAUCCCCGUCAACGUCCCCGUGGAUACAGUCAAACUGCGGGUGGAGAAGACGGCUGUGCGGCGCAUCCCCACCGAGGCCUUCUACUACCUGAACGACCUGCGCUACCUGUGGAUCACCUACAACUCUAUCUCCUCUGUGGACCCUGCCGCCUUCUACAACCUCAAGGUCCUCCACGAACUGCGUCUGGACGGGAACCUGAUUUCCACCUUCCCCUGGAAGUCCCUGAAGGAGAUGCCCAGUCUGAGGACGCUGGAUCUUCACAACAACCGCUUGACCACUGUGGCCGUGGAGGCUACCCCAUACCUGGUCAACAUCACCUAUCUGGAUAUCUCUAGCAACAAGCUGACCACUCUGUCUUCGGACUUCGUGGAUAUCUGGCCGCCUUUCAAUGGAAUGCCCAACUCCUCCAACUUGUCCCAGAAAGUGGUGCUAGGUCUUCAGGACAACCCGUGGGUCUGCGACUGCAGGAUCUCCAAGCUGAUCGAGCUUUCCAAAAUGUCUGACACGUCAGUGGUACUAAUGGACCAGUUCCUGUCUUGCAGCGGGCCUGAAAACCUGGCUGGUGUUAUGUUCCAAAGGGUGGAACUGGACCAAUGUCUCAAGCCAUCCGUCAUGAUGUCAGCCACCAAGAUCACAGCCUCGGUGGGCAGCAAUGUGCUGCUGCGGUGUGAUGCCACGGGUUACCCCACGCCUACCCUCAUCUGGACUACUUCAGAUGGCUCACGUGUCAACAACACAGUUGUCCAGGAGUCUCCAGGAGAGGGUGUCCGAUGGUCCAUCAUCAGCCUAAAUGGGGUCUCGUACAAAGACAAUGGGGAGUACAGCUGCAAGGCUAAGAACUUUGCCGGCAAUGCAGAGGCUGCCAUCACCCUGUCUGUGGCAGGUUAUGUCACUACAAACAUACCUCCAGAGAGGCCAGACAUAGAGGCUGCAGGGAAGAGCCCAUCCACAACGUCCUCUACUCCUGAAACUGGCUUCUCAAACUCCCCUAGUGCGCCGUCUACCACCACCGCCCCACCUACCACCACGCAUCCAGCUAUCUUGCCACCCAUCCUCACCAAGAAGAAACCCAUGCCCAGCAACGUGCAGCAGAUAGCACCAUCCAAACCAUCCGACACCCCGCAAGGCAGCGACAGGAAGCUAGCGGCGGAUCAGAGUGAAAAGAAAGAUGCUUCCAAGUCUGUCCAAGAUCUCGAGAUCGUGGAGGAAACGUCGGAUAGCGCGGUUCUACUCUGGACGACCGAAGGUUUGCCGAGCAAUGCACCUCUCACCGUUGUUUACUCCACUUAUGAUGAGGAGGACAACUCCAAAAGGACAAUGGAUACCGAUGCCGGGAGUGGCAAAGUUCUACUCGAAGGCUUGACUUCUGGAAUGAGGUACCAGGUUUGUCUGGUUUCCAAGGGAAGUGCCGCGGGAAAAGACCCCUGUAUCAACUUCUUUACUCUGGACCUUGUUGAGGACAAUGCUGCGAACAAGCUGCUGAUGAUCAUCAGCAGCUUUGCCUGCGCCGUGGCUUUACCUGUCAUUGGUUUGCUAGUCUACAAGAUCCUCUCACUCUAUUGCAGGAGCAAUGUGCUUUCUUCGGACGAGGAGCUAUCUAAAGACACAUAUGUGAAGUUUGAGACAAUAUCAAUGAAGCAGAGAACCUUCAACGCUAAUCCCGCUGAAUUGUGGACCUACAGGCAGACCAAGGAGUCCCAAGAGAGGAUGCUCCUUUGUUCCAGGUCGAGCAUUGACUCACAAAUGACAUACAAGAGUGACAGUUCCAGAUCAGAAUUUUUGUGCUAGCAUUAGAUUAAGACUCUACAUGACUCGAAAGUUAAUACUAAAUCUGGAUAAUUUUUUGAGGAAAACUACAAGGUUUUGUGUGUUCAAAACUUUUAUGACAAUAAUUGCCAGAUGAAUCACUGUUUGUUACAGCCUUAAUUUCUUUGUAAUAAAAAACAACAACUUUGAGAUACAGUUACCUCAAAGUAUUGGGACAGUGACAAAUGUUUUGUUGUUUGUAUUCCAGAAAUUUGGAUUUGAAAUUAUAAAAUGACUAUGAGGUUUAGUGCAGACUUUCAGCUUUAAUUUGACUUAUAAUUUGACUUAUAUGUGUAUUUAAGUAGUCAAAUGUGUAUUAUAUGGUCCCAUAUUCCUAGCACACAAUAAUUAUAUGUUGGAUGCAUUUGCUGUUUGUUUUGGUUGUAUUUCAGAUUAUUUUGUGCCCAAUAGAAAUGAAUGGUAAAUAAUGUAUUGUGUCAUUUUGGAAUCACUUCAAUUGUAAAUAAGAAUAGUGUAUGUUUGUAAACACUUCUACAUUAAUGUGGAUGCUACCAUGGUUACGGAUUGUCCUGAAAGAGUUGUGAAUAAUAAUGAGUGAGAAAGUUACAGACCGGCAAGACAUGCUAACCUCUGACCAUUGCAAUAACAUGGGAGGUUAGCAUUUUUUGGCGGGUUUGAAAUUUAUGCCUCCAUAACUUUCUCACUCAUCAUUAUUCACUAUUCAUUAAGGAUUAUCCGUAAUCAUGGAUGCAAGUGUUUAGAAACAUCUCCUAUUCUUAUUUACAAUAAAAGUGACUCCAAAAUGAUGCAAUACCUUACUAAGCAUUCAUUAUUAUUGGGAACAAAAUAAUCUGAAACACAACCAAAAUAAAAAACAGCAAAUGCAUCCAACAAAUGAGUAGAAUCACAGGCUCGAUGUAGUCAUUGCAUGCUAUGAAUAUUGGACCAAAUAUUAACUUUUUACUAUUUGAAUAGUGGCAUCGAUAAUGGCACAGGAGGGAGGCUGAUGUUGUACAGGCUCCUAACCAACUGUGGUAUUUUGUUUAUUUUUUUGCAUUGUCUGUAAUUUAUUUUGUACAUAAUGUUACUGUUACCGUCUCUUGUGACCGAAAAGUGCUUCUGGAUAUAAGAAAAAGCGAUUACUCACCUCAAACUGGAUGAAGACUUUUCUUUAAUGAGUUUGACGCGAAGGAUAUACUGCUUCUCGGAGACCAGGCCAAAAUCCUCAUCAUUCGCGUGAAUAAAAUAAGGAAAUAAAUGGGGCAGAGAUCGGGGUGCCUUGUGAGAAUUAAUCGAAGAGCGGGUAACCCUCCUCUACCAUCCGUUCUAUGCAAUCAGACAUUAAAAACUGGAAUAUCUUAUGUUUCACCAAGUCGUGGCUGAACUGCGACACGGAUAAUACACAGUUGGCUGAGUUUUCUGUGCAUUGGCAGGACAGAACAGCUACAUCUGGCAAUACGAGGUGUGGGGGGUUUGUCUACCUGUCAAUAACAGCUGGUGCGUGAUGUCUAAUAUUAAGGAAGUCUCGAGGUAUUGCUCGCCUGAGAUAGAGUACCUCAGUGGUUGGUCAGACUGUUUUGCUAUCACAGACUGGAAUAUGUUCUGGGAUUCAUCCAAUGGCAUUGAGGAGUAUACCACCUCAGUCAACAGGUGCAUCAAUAAGUGCAUCAACAACAGCGUCCCCACGGUGACCAUAGGUACAUACCUCAACCAGAAGUCAUGGAUUACAGGCAACAUCUGCAUUGAGCUAAGGCUAGAGCUUCAAGGAGCAGGACACUAAUCCGGAACCUUAUAAUAAAUCCCGCUAUGCCUUCAGACGAACCAUCA